UCGUUUCCAGGCGAGACGCAACUUAAAGGAGUUAAACCAGCUGUGGUCAUGUAAGCUGGGAUCGUUUGACGAAGUUCCCGUGGACUUAUGGUGCCUUCCGGUUAGUCAAGGAGUGACGAGUGUCAGCACCACUGAACACAAUAGACAUGGAGCUGCGGCGGAUGAGACUACGCCAUAUGAUGCAUGUGUUUGACAAACCGCUGUCCUACAAACAGACACUCCAGAUGCGGAAGAGUUACAUUGGAAGAUCGUGUAAACUUCACUUUGAAGUGUCACCGCUGAAGAUUGUUCGAGCAUCCCGACAGUAUCUGUAUGAUGAUGCUGGGAAUGAGUUCCUGGACUGCAUCAACAACGUCUCACACGUGGGCCACUGCCAUCCCCAUGUGGUCAGUGUGGGUCAGGAGCAGAUGGGCAAGCUGACCACAAGCGCUGGAUUUCUUAAUGACCAAAUGUCUGAGUAUGCCAAACGUCUUAUCUCAACAUUUCCUGAUAAGCUCUGCGUCUGCUUCUUCUUGAAUUCAGGGUCAGAGGCUAAUGACUUAGCUCUCCGUCUUGCCAGGUGCUAUACAAAACACGAAGAUGUUGUAUGUUUAGAGAGGGCCUAUCAUGGAAACCUAGCUAAUCUUCUGGAUAUCAGCCCUUCUCGCUUCAAGAAGACUGGGCAUAAACGGAGAGAUUACGUGCACAUCGCCCCAUGCCCGGACACGUACCGGGGGAAGUACCGAGACAGCACCCCGAACCCCGAGGUGGCCUACGCCGACGAGGUCUUCCAGCUGCUGCAGAAGGUGAAGGCCAAGGGCAGGAAGGUUGGGGCCUUCAUCUGUGAGCCCCUGAUGGGAGCCGGUGGCAUCGUUGUGUUCCCUAAGAACUACCUCAAACUUGCCUACAGCUAUGUGCGUGAGGCGGGCGGCGUGUGCAUCGCAGAUGAAGUCCAGUGUGGACUGGGGCGGAACGGAGAACACUUGUGGGCGUUCCAGUCACAUGAUGUAGUUCCUGACAUUGUAACGAUCGGCAAGCCUGUGGGUAAUGGCCACCCAAUGUCAGUCGUCGUCACCUCUAAAGAAAUUGCCGACAGUCUUGGAGAAUUCAGUUCCACAUUUGGUGGUAAUCCUGUUGCUUGUGCCACUGGGAUGGCCGUCCUAGAUGUCAUACAGAAUGAGAAACUGAUCUCCAGUGCACAGUCAGUGGGGAAGUGCCUGCUGGAAGGGUUCUCAGCCAUCCUGCCGAAUCACCCUAUGAUGGGCUGUGUCAGGGGGAUGGGGAUGCUGGUUGGUGUGGAGAUCGUCAUGGACAAGGAGAGCAGGAAGCCGGCCAAGGAGGCAGCAGAGAUUCUUGCAUACCAGAUGAAAGAACAGAGGAUUCUGAUGGCAAACGACGGUGAGGACCAGAAUGUGAUGGUGUUGAUGCCGCCGAUGUGUUUCACAUGUGACAAUGCCAGACAAGUGAUACAGGCCUUUGACAAGGCGUUACGAGAUAUAGAGACUGGCGCUGUCAGUGUGGGACUCACCCAUGGGGGAGACAACUUCACAAGUGCCCCUCCAUUGGAUGUGCCUUUACAAGUGUUAUCAGAGACCCACGAACUGUCCGACGAGGAUGAUGACAGUGAUGAUCCGGCCUUGAAGCGGCCCCGAUACGAAGAGAUGGACUGAAGUUGGAAUUUAAUCAGUGAAAAUAUCAAAUAUUAUUUUCAUGAUUAUUUUUUUAAAUACCAUGGAGAAAUUUUUACAAAAAUGUCAAAAAGGGUCAGUAUAUUGAUUACAGAAUAAGAUUUUCUGUAUAAAGUGUCAAAAUAGUCCGUGCCAUAAGAUGUGGCAGAACAUAAAACAACCGUCACUGUCAUGGUUUGGGUGUUGGGGACAAUGUGAGGAGGAAGUGGUUUUGGACCUGCUUUAAUAAGGUUGUGGUGCUGACAAUACUGAAGGUGAGCACAUAAAAUCCAAGUUGGUCUGUUAAAACACAUAAUGGUUUUUUUGGUCAAAACUGGAAACCAUGAUUGGUAUGUAAUAUCUCAAGCUUCGCAAGAUGAAUUGGUGAUAACUAUAAGGCAAUCUAGCAGUCUGGGGGAGGUGAAUAGAAAAAUAGGGUACAGGGGGGCCAGUCGUCAGGCGCCACAAUUCGCUGUGCAGUUGCGCUCCUUAGGCAUGCCAGAAACCUAUGAUUGUGGGUUCGAAGCCGGUUUGUUCCCCAAAAUUAAGUAAGCAACCCUAAAAGCCCCCCUAGGUUACCUCACCUUUUCGGACAUACCCUUUUCGACCAAUCACUCAAUGGCAUGGCGGGCCCAUGCGCGAAUAACACAUGUCGGAAAGCGCACGUUAAGUUCCCAAUUUAUGUGAGUAACUAAAGUUGUUGGGCAGGAGGGGUUGACGCUCAAACCAAGCAAACCUCUCACCCACGGCCCAGAGGGGUGUACCGAUUCUCUUUGGCACCCUCAGUUAUAUUUUAAGAUAUUGUUCAUUGUUUUCGUGGGGGCAGGGGUGGCCCAGUCGUCUAAGACACCACAAUUCGCUGUGCAGAAUUGCAUCCCUUGGACACGCCAGAAACCUAU